AUGGCAAGAAAGGACUCAUAUCGUAAGGAUCUUAUUGAAUUGAUAGAACAGGAACCCAGUAUUUGGGACCAUACUUGUGAUGAGUACAGCAUUAAUGGUCGAAGAAAGAACGCGUGGCUGAGAGUCACGCGAUCUAUGCAGGAAUCUGGACAUAAUACAUCAUUGCCCGAAAUACAAUCAGCUUGGAGAAAUCUCAAGGAUUUGAGACGUAAGAAGAUGAAAGCGAAGACGGGAGCGGCGGGCGGGAAAGAGUGGCCUUACAUGCCCAUGCUCACUUUUUUGGAAAAGAUAGAUUUCAAAGGACCAACCAUGUCAAAUUUGGACAAAAAUGGCAAUUUUUUGUCCUACGACGAUAUUUCGUCAGAUGAAAGAGGAUCUACAUCAGUCGAAACUGUUAGUGUAUACGACGAGGAGAUGGCUACCCCAACAUUCAAUAGAAAAAAGACG